AAAUAAAGGGUCAAGAAAAAUGGUAACGGAACGGGUGUUAUCACUUCCAAACGUUAAAAACUCUAUGUGAUUAAGAUAUUAUCAAAUCGAUUUCAUCACCCUCAUCAUUGUAUGCCACGUAUCUUCAACAAGUCCCCACUUCACCGCAACCGCCCAGAAUAACUUCCCAACAACCACCACUCUUCCAUCUCCGCCGUCGUCGCCGCCGCCUCCACCCAAACCAGAUGGACCAAACCCCCUGAAAUCCCCAAACUCCAUGUCUCCCUUUCCUCUCCUCUUCCUCCUCCUCUCGAUUCUACCGCUAUCACUCGCUCUCAAGGUCCCCUUCAGAGUCAACGAUGUUCUCCCUGUUCUCCCCCGCAGUAUCUCGUGGCCCGUCCUCAACAAUUUCCACAGCGCCGUUGAUUUGCUUCCGUCUUUCGUUGGCUCCGUGACUCCUGAUAACGCUACUGUUGAGUGGAAGGGUGCUUGCUUUUAUGAUAAUGAAGCCAGGCUUGAGUUCACCGCCGGUGAUCGGAAUGAUUCUGCCUUAGGGGGUGCCGUUCUCUAUCUCAAGACAGAGGAUGCACACAGCUGGUCCUGCAUGGAUCUGUAUGUUUUUGCGACGCCGUACAGGAUUACAUGGGACUACUACUUUGCUGCACGAGAGCAUACCUUGAAGUUUGAUUCGUGGGAAGAGCCUGCAGAGUUGGAAUAUGUAAAGCAGCACGGGGUUUCUGUGUUUCUCAUGCCAUCGGGGAUGCUGGGUACGCUGCUUUCUCUAGUUGAUGUUUUGCCUCUAUUCUCUAACACUGCUUGGGGUCAGAAUGCCAACUUAGAUUUCCUAAAGAAACACAUGGGAGCUACAUUUGAGAAACGCAGUCAGCCUUGGCGUGCAAAUAUUGAUCCUGCAGAUGUUCAUUCCGGAGACUUUUUAGCUGUGUCAAAGAUCCGUGGUAGGUGGGGAGGUUUUGAGACACUAGAAAAGUGGGUAACUGGUGCAUUUGCUGGUCAUACAGCGGUUUGCUUGAAGGAUGAAAUGGGAAAUUUAUGGGUUGGUGAAUCUGGGCAUGAGAAUGAAAAGGGUGAAGAAAUAAUAGUGGUAAUUCCAUGGCAUGAAUGGUGGGAGUUGGCUCUUAAAGAUGGCUCGAACCCUCAGAUAGCCUUGCUUCCCCUGCAUCCGGAGUUGCGUGCAAAAUUCAACUCUACUGCAGCAUGGGAGUAUGCGCGGAGCAUGUCUGGCAAGCCAUAUGGUUAUCACAAUAUGAUAUUCAGUUGGAUUGACACAGCAGCUGACAACUAUCCUCCACCUCUUGAUGCUCACUUGGUAACUUCUGUCAUGUCUAUGUGGACAAGAAUGCAGCCAGCUUAUGCUGCAAACAUGUGGAAUGAAGCGCUGAAUAAGCGGUUAGGGACUGAGGGUUUAGAUUUACAUGAUAUUCUAGUUGAGACAGAGAAACGUGGGAUUACUUUUGAUGAAUUGCUUACCAUUCCUGAACAAGAUGAAUGGGUAUACAGUGAUGGGAAGUCAACAACAUGUGUUGCCUUUAUUCUUUCAAUGUAUAAAGAGGCUGGAAUCUUUGGUCCCAUUUCUAGCUCAAUUCAAGUAACUGAAUUCACAAUUCGUGAUGCAUACAUGCUUAGAAUAUUUGAGGAUAACCAAACGCGCCUACCAAGAUGGUGCAACAAUGAGAAUGACGGGCUUCCAUUCUGCCAGAUUCUUGGUGAAUACAGGAUGGAAUUGCCUGGCUAUAACACGUUGGAUCCAUAUCCUAAUAUGAACGAGCACUGUCCUUCCCUUCCUCCCACUUAUGAUAGGCCUUCACAAUGUUAGAUCCAUCUCAUUUCCGUUUCUUGAUUUGCUGGUUGUCUGUAACUUGACUACAGGUUAUCUAGUUGUUUGCUAGUGUGCAGUUGACUAUAAACCAGGGAUAAAAUUCAGUAUGUAAGUUCACCUUUUCCUUUUUAAGUUGAAUUGAAGUAUUUAUUAUACAUAAUCAAACAACUCUUGGUGGGUAUGGUGUGAUGAUGUAAACUUUCAAAUAUCAACUCUUAGGAUAAUUACCUAAGUUUCUUGAUGAA